GUUACAUUUGUUGUUUUGUGUUAUUGUCUACAAAUAAAGUUAAAGCUGCGUGUCACUUCCCUAAAUUUUCAUCAAAUUUGUUUAGUUUAUUCUUAGUAACAUAAGAAUGGUAUUCUAAAGAUUCGUUAGUGCUGGUAGACAAUAAACUUUUUGCAGUCUAUAUCAGUGCAUUUGCAUCUGUCAUUCACCAAAUCAUAGAUUUCGAAAACAAUCCACAACAACCCGACAUAUUGUUGAAAAGAAAAUAUUUUUAAAUAUUGUUUUAAAUUAUAUAGAUGAAAAGUUGGCCCACAGGCAGGGAUAGUGUAGUUUCAGAGUGGGAAGACAAUAUUAUCUUCGAUGCUGAUGAUCCAGAUUUCUAUAGAGAAUCACCCAACGCUGAAAAUCAGCAAAUCGUUCUCAGCACAAGGACGCUGACUCUAAUGGCUCAGACACCUAUUGUAGGACGUUUAGACAGCUCCAACAACAAGUUAAAUGCAGUGAACAUAAAAGCUCCAACAACAAUGUCUUUAGCUAGUGUUCACGGACCGCAAUUUACCGAUAUCUGCAGCCCAUUGGGACGCAGCAGUAUUAGCAUGUCAUCAUCAUUUUCCGAUUUAGUCGGUAGUCCGUUGGAAAUUUCCGUGGACAAUGUACUUACUAUUGAAGAGCUGCGUCAGCACAUGGGCUCAUGUUUUACAUGCGGAGUAUCCUGGACCGAUGACCAUGUUUCUCUCGACUGUAGUGAAUGUGGAGGCUACAGCUUAGAGCGUCCCUGCCCACUAUGUGAUGGUCAAUGUGGUGUGCUGUGGAAGCGUGAUUUCACAAUGUCGCAUGCCUAUAGCAAAGCUCGAUGGCAUGGGGUGUGUCCCAGUUAUCAGGAGGCAAUAACACAUUUAAAUCCCCACGAAUCUGCUACUACCGUCACAUCCUCCGCUCCGCCAUCAACAUGUGCCAACGCAGCCACGCAUAUGCGUUUGGCUCAGGAGCUGUGUCUACGUUUGGAAGAGCUUUCAGCAAGUGCUCAUACGUGAUGAUACGUCAAGCAGCUAUCUAAAAGUUCCUCAAUUUAUCGUUAUUCCAUUUUCAUCUGAAUUGAUGAAAACCUUAAUCAAUUAGCACAUGCUUCAUUUCUCAACUGUUUACUGAUCUACCUGAGAGUUAAUAGUUUUCAACUUGUUUAAUAAAACUUAACUAAUUACAUUUCACUAUAACAUAAACACUAUAACUAUGAAAAAAAUUUGGCUGUAAAGCCUGUCUCUUAAAAACUGUUCCAUGCCCAAAUUCAGAAUUUAUGUAAAGCUUAUAGAAUUUCUCAUUUUGUUAUUGUAAGUUAUCUUUCCGUUAAGACUUCCUUCCGUACACAUAUAGUAUGCACAUACAUAUUAUAUUUAGAAAAAAAGUAAAUGUAAUUCACAAUGUAUUUGUCAACUUAAACGAGUAUAAUUAAGUACGACGGAGUGGUUGUUACAUUUUAAACAGUAUAUAAGGGGAAAUAUACACAAAUUUGAAACGGAAUCAAAAACUGAAAAGCUGAAAGAAUACAUAAGUAUAAGUUAAUUAAGAAUUGGUAUUUACAGAAUUUGUGGAGGGGUGUUCAGAGUUUUAUAGUUAUUUAUAAAAUCCACUGGUUUUACGUACAUAUAUUAAUUUUAAUCAUGAAGACAUUUGCAUUUUGUGUUGAUAUAACAUUUAAAUUUCUAAUACAAUUAAUUGAAAUAAUUAUACUAAAAUCGAAUUUAAGUCGACAAUUUUGAUUUCCAACAUGGACAACGGCUCUGCCUAAUAUAAAUACAUACAUACAUUUCGAAUGCUCAAUUGAUAAGUGCUGUGCCGUACUUAUUUAUAUUAAUAUAUUAUAUCUGCGGUUUAUAAAUUUAAGCUGAAAUAAAUGUAUAAGUUUUAGAUUUUCUAUGAAAA